ACUUCUUCCAUUCAUUCCUUCAUCACAUCGUAGCCAUUGAAAAUGCUUUUGUAGUAGAACACAAGAGAUAACAACAACACACUCUUUCUCUCUAUACUCUUCUCAAUUCUCCUACUAAUAAUAAUGGCAAAACUAGUUCCCACUUUAGUUCAUCCAUUGAAAUCAAAAUUUUUCGGUAAUCAUCACAGUUUUUUAACCAAAAACUCUUUUCAACUUUAUGGCUUUCAAUCAAAGAAUUCAUAUUCUUCUUCUUCAUCUAAGAUAAGCAUGAGUCUCAAGGCUGGCAUUGUUGGCCUCCCUAAUGUUGGCAAGUCUACCCUUUUCAAUGCCGUUGUUGAAAACGGAAAGGCUCAAGCUGCUAAUUUUCCUUUUUGUACGAUAGAGCCAAAUGUAGGGAUUGUUGCUGUUCCAGAUUCUCGUCUCCAUGUACUCUCCGAUCUCAGUAAAUCUCAACGAGUGGUUCCAGCAUCCAUAGAGUUUGUAGAUAUUGCUGGGCUUGUCAAGGGUGCAAGUCAAGGCGAGGGGCUCGGUAAUAAGUUUUUAUCACAUAUUCGUGAGGUGGACUCCAUACUUCAGGUUGUACGGUGUUUUGACGACAAUGACAUUAUUCAUGUGAACGGUAAAGUUGAUCCCAAGUCUGAUAUUGAAGUUAUCAACUUGGAGCUUGUUUUCGCAGAUUUAGAUCAGAUUGAGAAAAGACUGGAUAAACUAAAAAAAAGCAAGACAAAGGAUUCACAAUCUAAAGUCAAGGAAGAGGCAGAAAAGUCUGCUUUGGAAAAAAUUCGUGUAGCACUCUUGGACGGAAAACCUGCACGAUCUGUGACCUUAACAGAUUUUGAAAGGGAUUCUAUAAAGCAACUUUGCUUGCUCACCAUGAAACCCAUUAUAUAUGUGGCAAAUGUUGCGGAAUCUGAUCUAGCCGAUGCUUCAAACAAUGAUUACGUCGCAGGCGUCAAGAAUGCUGCAUCCGAGUUGCAGUCUGGAAUUGUAACAAUUUCAGCACAGGUUGAGGCAGAGCUUAGUGAACUAGCAACCGAAGAAAGGCAAGAAUAUUUGAAAUCUCUUGGUGUUGAUGAAAGUGGUCUUGGGAAUCUCAUUAGAGCAACCUAUGAUCUUUUGGGGCUGCGAACUUAUUUCACUUCUGGUGAGAAGGAGACAAAAGCUUGGACAAUACUUGCAGGUAUGACUGCGCCUCAAGCUGCGGGAGUUAUUCACUCUGAUUUUGAGAAGGGUUUCAUUCGAGCAGAGACAGUGGCUUAUGAUGACUUUGUUGCUGCUGGUUCACUUGGUGCAGCACGAGAAAAAGGACUUUUGAGAUCUGAAGGUAAAGACUACAUUGUAAAAGAAGGAGAUGUAAUGUUGUUUCGAUUCAAUGUAUAGUAGAACUUACUGCUACCAGUUGGGAAUCAGUGGAGAAGUUGAGAUAUUAUUUAUGACCAAGAUCAGGAAAUUUUUCAGCAAUUGCUGGUUGUAGUUUUGCUAAAGCAUUGUGACCGAGUGCUCCAAGGUAGGCGUCGGUGGAUUUUGAGACAUAAUUUAUGACUACAGGCCAGAAGUUUUUCAGCCAAUUUCUAGUUACACUUUUGAGAGGCAUUGUUUUGUUUUAGUCACAAUUUUUUUUCAUAAUGUAUACACUAAAUUUUCUUGACACUUUACUAUAUAGUAUAAUAGUAAUGUUCAUGUUCUUGUUUAUUAAAGUCCAGUGUAAACUAUAAACACUUUAGUAUGCUUAAUUUAUUCUAUAGUGAGCAUUAGCUAUA